UUCCGCUUCCUGUCGCGCAGUCGGUGGCUUCCGCUCCGCUUUUUGCGCUGCGCUGGGCUUGUCGGUGGCGGACGGUGGUCGGGUCUCAGAGAGGCUGGCAGACCGCAGCCAUGACGGAGGCCGAUGUUAAUCCCAAGGCCUAUCCCCUUGCAGAUGCCCACCUCACCAAGAAAUUACUGGACCUUGUUCAGCAGUCGUGUAACUACAAGCAGCUUCGGAAAGGCGCAAAUGAGGCCACCAAAACCCUCAACAGAGGCAUCUCUGAGUUCAUUGUGAUGGCGGCAGAUGCUGAGCCCUUGGAGAUCAUCCUGCACCUCCCACUGCUAUGUGAAGACAAGAAUGUUCCCUAUGUGUUUGUGCGCUCCAAGCAGGCCCUGGGACGGGCCUGUGGGGUCUCCAGGCCUGUCAUCGCCUGUUCUGUCACCAUCAAAGAAGGCUCUCAGCUAAAGCAGCAGAUCCAGUCCAUUCAGCAGUCCAUUGAGAGGCUCUUGGUGUAGCCUGUGGCCCCGGCCUUGCUUUCCCUGUCGACCCCCAGCCCCCAUUGUGUAUCGUCAAUGUCUACGUUUGCAUGGUGUUUUCAGCAGCUUUUGGUUAUAAAAUACUGUACUACAUCUGGUUUUUGUACUUUU